AUGUCCAAAAAUGUGGAAAUAAUAGACAAUGUAUUAAAACAUCUAAAAACAACAGGUAAAAUAGUAGGAACAACUCCAGCGUUGAAAUAUGUAAUAGACCCCGGUAAUAGGUCUCGUAUACUGAAGUUCCAAAGUUAUAAUCCAUCACUAACACAUGAUGAUUUUGUCUCACUGAUACCAUCAAAUAUCUUUUCUGAGAAUAUUAAUGGCCUUGAUGAUAAAAGUAAAGGUAAAAAAAAUGAUGAUCAAUUUCUAUUAAUAAAGAAAAGAGACCCUAAAUACUUCCAAUUUAAAGACCAGUAUAACUUGAUUUUCCGUAGUUAUAAUAGUUUAAGGGAAUAUAGAAGAGAGACCCAAAUGUCUAAACUAAAUAAAAUUCGUGUUAAUUUCAAAUUACCAAAUUCAAAUUUUGAGUCAGUAUCAAUAUUAGAAAACUAUCAAAACUACAUCAAGAAUUUAUCCAAUGCCUACGAUUCAAUGGAAUCAUACCGUGAAAAUUUAUCAACUUUCGAGAAAUUCCCAUUAGACACACCUGAAGAAUCAACUAUUAGUACGGAAAUAUCAAAACUAAGAUUGUUACAAGAUAAAAUUAAAGCAAUUGAGUCAAAAUCAUUACUAGUUUGGCAUUUACCGACUAAUUUAACUCCUACACAAAUAAGGAAAUCUUUUUGGCUUUAUGCUAUUAAACAUUGUUUCCCGUUAUAUUGGAAUAAUUCAAAUUCAUUGUAUUAUUUUGCGUUUGAUAAUGUGGAUGAUGCAAAGGAUUUUAGAAGAAAUUUCCACGGUAUCUCAUUUAAUACGUGGUCGUCAUCUUCAUCUUCCUCAGAACAAGGAGAAGACGAGAGUGACUUUAAAAUGUUAAUUGAACAGUUUGCAUGA